CGCGAGAAGUCUUCACAAUGACGUCAGCACAUUGUCCCGCCCAUUUGUUGGCUGCCGCCUGGAAGAAAAUGGAGCCGAAGUGAGCUGAACGAUUGUAGAGAGCUAAUUUUCCGAGGACUGGAGAAAAAUGUCCUAGAAAAAGAGGAAAUCUCGGCUUCAGCCCAGGGUGGUCCGGUAUAGCUGCAGACCUGCGCACUCAGGCCUCAGAUGCUGUCGGGACUAAAAGGCAGCAUCUCCUGAAUCACCAUGUUGUUCUCCUCGCGAGAGUUGGUGCAAUGGCUCGGCUUUGCCACCUUUGAGAUGUUUCUCCACCUUGGGGCCUUGUUGGUCUUCUCUGUUCUGGUGGUGGUGAAGGUUGAUCUCCCUGAGCAGGAUCUCAGCUGGUGGGGUGUCUUUGGUCCUCUGUUUGCUGCAGAUGGUCUCAGCACCUACUUCACCACCAUCGUGUCCAUCCGGCUGUACCAGGAAGGGGAGAAACGUCUGGCUGUGCUGAGACUCAUCUGGAUCAUCACCGUCCUCAGCCUCAAGUUUGUUUUUGAGAUGUUGCUCUGCCGGAAACUGGUGCAGCAGUCCAGUGAGCUGUGGUAUGGCUUGAUCAUCUCCCCGCUCUUCAUCCUCCUACAGUUUCUCAUGAUUCGAGCCUGCCGUGUGAAUUAGGAGCCUGCAGGCCGAGUUCUGGGCCUGAUUUUGAGAUGGAGGAUCCUGGUGGGAAGGUACUCUUGUCAUCAUCAAGGAGAACAUUGAAUGCUUUGUCCAGUUUUACAAGUGUGUCGGGGUUUGGAAGGUCAGCUGUGACUCUUGGUUUCUGGAAAAACCUGGUGUUGGAAUUUGGGCCCUUGCACAGAUUCUUCUAUGGGAACGUCAGGCUGUCACAGCACAGUUGUUUUUUUUGUCCAAGGCUCCACUUGGACACAAGAACGGGAAAAUGACACCUAAGAAAUUUAAAGUGAAAGCCGUCAUGUGGAGGAAUCCUGCAAGCCCCACUGUGGCACCGGCCUUCUCAGUGACGUCACUUUUUGAUUUUAAACUUGUUCUGUUCGGCUUUUGUGUUUUUGCUUUUCUUUCUGUAUAUACUGUAAAUAAAAUAGAACGAUAAUUUCUA